GUCGGGUCGCCAUUGUCGCGCCUCUCACAAUGAGAGUAUUUUCCUAUUGAUCUAGUUAUUGUUUGCUCUCUUUUCCUUCGUCCAUUUCUUACCUAGCACGGCCUGUUCGUCACUCCUCAUCCUAUCGGACCCAACUCUUUCCCGGUCAUUUCUUCUUGCCAACAAACUCCUUGUCACCAACCUGUUACGUGUUCGCCAGCAGAGCGUCACAUUGGCAUUUCCAGCACUCAAGAACUGCAGGCAGUUUCACUCUUCGGACCACACGCUCUUUCUACCGACAUCAACCCGAAAUGUUCAGUCUUGGGCAGGACUCGAAGCUCCUGGGCAUUGGCCAUGUGGUCCUCAACGUUCUCCGCGCUCUCAACCUGAUCGGCCUGGCUGCCGUGAUGCUGGCCAGCAUGGCCAUGCCAGUCCUCUCGGGCUUCACAGGCAACUUCUUCUUUUUCGAUACUCUCACCCACGUGUUCGUUUUCCUCAUCUCGGCCGUGCUUUUCUAUUCAGAGUUGCCGAUCCCGUGGUUUAAGGCGGCGUUCCGAAGGACCUGGCCGGUGCUGGGGCCCGACCAUUCGCUCGCCUGGCUUGGCUUCGGCAUGAUAUUCAUCGGCUUCCAAGUCCUGGGAGACUUGAUCAAGCCAGCGUACACCACCGACUCGAUCGGGUGGGCGUGGUGGCGAGCUUUUCUCGCCUCGGGCAUUCUUGCCAUUACGUUCGGCUUCUUCAACAUCUUCGGCGCCAUGGUGUUCCGUGCGUCUGUAAUCGAAAAAGGAGUGCGCAUCAAGGCCACCUCUCGCAUGAUCCGGACCCACGGCAAGCUGGCACUGCAGCAAGCCAGCGACAACGCCUUCAACGCCAGUCACAGCUUCAGCGAGCCAUACUCGCCCCCACACCGUGACAACUGGUCGGCGCAGAGCUGGUCCAAGGAGGCCGAGGUCGAGCCCUCGUCGGCGGUGAAGCGUCUUACGAGGGUCCUGAACCCCAAGAACUUCCGCAAGUCGCGCCCGUACAUCAGCAAGCCGUUCCCGCAGAACCUGGAUAACUUGGAUGUCGAGCAAGGUCACGAAGACCGGGCCAGCCCAAUCCUCCCGACCGUCCAACGGCCGCCCACCGCGAUGCACCCCGCGCUUACUGGGAGCAGCCACUACAGCGCAGCCCACAUGGACCCGUUCUGAUUGUUGUCAGAGACAGCAACGAACACACACGCUCCU